AUGCCUACAGAAUCUAAAAAGAACAGACGAUUCAUUCGAAUCACAAACAAGAGAAAAUGGAAGAAAAACAAGAAAAUAAAGAAAGACAUAGAAAGGGGUAAGAACACUAUAAUAAAUCUUUCUAAUAAACAGCUCAAUAACACUGAAUAUCGAUUACUUGGUAAAGGUUUAAAAUUCUGCCCAACACCAAAACCCCAUAAUAGAAUUCAACUUAAACAAGAUGUUUUUGAAUUUACAAGAAAACUCAGAUUGAAUGAAUAUUUUGCAGCAAAAGAGGAAAAUAGUGAGGGAAAUGAAAACAAUAGUACCAAUAAUUAUGACAUUAACAGUAAGAAGAAAAACAACUCUACUUUUAUUCCCCCUUCUGGCAGAGAUUCCAAUCUUGAUUUUUAUAUUGAAGCAAUAACAAAUGAAGAGUUAAAAGCCUUGCAAAGCCUACAAAAAGAUGAAAAUAUCAUUAUAAAAAAAGCUGAUAAAAGUUCGGUUAUUGUUGUUAUGAACCGUACUGACUACAUUAGAGAAGUUCACCGACAGCUUGAAAACGACCAAUAUUAUAAGAAACUUGAAAAUAAUCCAACUGAACAAUUUAAAAAAGAAAUCUAUGAGGAAAUUUAUCAAAUGGAUAAUAUAAGUUACUCUAUUAAAGAAUCUUUGGUUCCUGAUAGUGACAAUAGAGUUCCAGCUUUUUAUAUUUUACCUAAAAUCCAUAAACAAUUCAAUUCUGAUCUACCACUCGGUUACCCUGGAAGACCAAUAGUAUCUGGAUGCGGUUCAUUAACUGAAAAGAUAUCAUCGUAUGUCGAUAAUAUACUCAAACCACACAUGGAAUCAUUACCCUCAUAUGUCAAGGAUACUACAGAUUUUAUCAGAAAAAUACAAAACAUAACAAAUAUUUCAACAGAAUCAUUUUUAGUAACAAUGGAUGUAUCAUCUUUAUAUAGUAAUAUACCGCAUAAUGAUGGAAUAAAAGCAUGUCAGUAUUACCUUAAUCAGAGAACAGGACAACAACAUUCAGUUAAAGACAUUUUACAUCUUAUUGAAAUAGUGCUUACAAAAAACAACUUCCAGUUUGGUGAUGAUAACUAUAUACAAAAUUUAGGAACAGCUAUGGGAACUAAAAUGGCACCAUCUUAUGCUUCAUUAUUUAUGGGAAAAUUUGAAAUGGACUUUUUAAAUACAUGUGAAAGAAAACCCUCAAUAUGGCUGCGAUUUCUUGAUGAUAUUUUUUUCAUUUGGGACCACAGUGAAGAGGAGCUUAUUACAUUUUUUUACUGA